CGCCGUUUUGUGAGUCGAGAGCGAAGCCGUGGCCACGGUUUUUUGUCCGUCCAUGAGUGGAUGUUGCUAAAGCCCAAGCUAAGCCUGAGGCGCUCUCUCUCUCUGACUCUCUCUCUCUCAUGUUUUCCACAACAAUGGCAAAUUAGAACCCAAAAUCCAAGUACAGAAAUCAACUCAUCGUUCCAUGGCGGUCGUUGCUCUUCACGUCACUAGAGUUUCCCGCCAUUUUCGUUUGUUGUCCCCGUUCACACCAAUCUCGUCAUCGGUUCUGAAGAGGCCCGGAGGCCCUGGACAAUUAUGUGUUCGAAGAAAAUAUCGCCGGAGUUGCAGUUUCUUCGGAUGGUUUCCUACCCGGGAACUCACUAUUGUCGCGUCGGGCUCUCGAGGCUGGGAAAACCAUGUUGAAGCUGUUGAAGAAAGAUAUGAUGUCAUUGUGGUUGGUGGAGGACAUGCAGGCUGUGAAGCUGCUCUUGCAUCUGCUCGUCUGGGAGCAAAGACCCUUCUUCUUACACUAAACAUUGAUCGCAUUGCAUGGCAGCCUUGCAAUCCAGCAGUGGGGGGACCUGCAAAGUCACAACUGGUACAUGAAGUAGAUGCACUUGGUGGUGAAAUUGGGAAAAUUGCUGACAGGUGCUACUUACAAAAGCGUGUUCUCAACCUCUCAAGAGGCCCUGCAGUUCGAGCACUACGUGCACAAACUGAUAAGAGGGAAUAUGCCAUGGAGAUGAAAAAAGUCGUGGAAAGUACUCAAAAUCUUUCUAUCAGAGAGGCCAUGGUAACUGAUGUUUUGCUUGGAAAGAACGACAACAUUGAAGGGGUUCGAACUUUCUUUGGGAUGAACUUCUAUGCUCCUUCUGUUAUUCUUACAACUGGGACAUUCAUGAGUGGUAAAAUUUGGGUCGGAAGAGCAUCUAUGCCUGCAGGGAGAGCUGGUGAGGCAGCAUCUCAUGGGCUGGCAGAAAAUUUGCAACAGCUUGGGUUUGAAAUUGAUCGGCUGAAGACUGGAACUCCUGCUCGUGUUGAUUGUCGUACUGUUGAUUUCUCUGGAUUAGAACCUCAACAUGGAGAUGAAGAGGUUAGCUGGUUUAGCUUUGAUCCUGAUUUCCACAUUGAAAGGGAACAGAUGUGCUGCUAUUUAACACGUACCACGAAAGCCACACACCAGCUUAUAAAAGAGAACUUGCAUGAAACCCCAACUUAUGGAGGCUGGGUUGAAGCCAAGGGACCUAGAUAUUGCCCUUCUAUUGAAGACAAGAUAGUGAGAUUUCAGGAUAAAGAUUCUCAUCAGAUUUUCCUUGAACCAGAGGGCCGAAAUGUGCCUGAACUUUAUGUGCAGGGUUUCUCAACAGGUUUACCUGAAAGGCUGCAGUUACCACUCUUGAGAACAUUACCGGGCCUUGAGAACUGUUCAAUGUUAAGGCCUGCUUAUGCCGUAGAAUAUGAUUUCCUGCCUGCUCAUCAGUGCUCUAGAUCUCUUAUGACAAAGAAAAUUGAUGGACUCUUCUUCUCAGGCCAGAUAAAUGGAACAACAGGCUAUGAGGAAGCUGCUGCACAGGGUAUUAUUUCUGGGAUUAAUGCAGCUAGACAUUCAGAUGGAAAGCCUCUCGUCAUUCUUGAGAGGGAAAGCAGUUAUAUAGGGACCUUGAUUGAUGAUCUGGUCACAAAAGAUCUUCGGGAGCCUUACCGCAUGUUGACAAGCCGCUCAGAAUAUCGUCUACUUCUCCGUGCUGAUAAUGCUGAUAGCCGUCUCACACCUCUGGGGCGAGAAAUUGGUUUGAUUGAUGAUAGACGGUGGAAACUAUACCAGGAUAAGCAAGCCCGUAUCUUGGAAGAAAAGAAGCGAUUAAAGGCUGUGAGGAUUUCAGGGGGAGAUUUGGCUUCCGAUGUUACUCGGUUGUCUGGUCAGCCUGUGAAAAAUUUUUCAACAUUAGAGUCUCUCCUAAAGAAACCACAUACAGAAUAUAAAGUUCUUGAUAAGCAUGGUUUUGGAAAUGAACUCCUGUCUCGGGUGGAGAAAGAAUGUGUAGAGAUUGAUAUCAAGUAUGAAGGUUUUAUUACGCGCCAGCAAAUCCAACUCCAACAGAUUGCUCAUCAACAGCAUAGAGCACUUCCAGAAGACCUGGAUUAUUUCACAAUGUCAACUUUGUCCUUGGAAGCACGUGAAAAACUUUCUAAGGUCCGACCACAGACAAUAGGCCAAGCUAGCAGAGUGGGUGGUGUGAGCCCUGCUGAUAUUACUGCUCUCCUCAUUAUCCUAGAAGCCAACCGAAGGAAGGCACAAGAACAGAAGAGGCAAAAAGUGCUGAUGUCUGUCAUGGCUGAAACUGAUCAGACCUCUAACUUCACUGCUGUUCAGACAACCUCCUAAGAUGACUGGUAUAUCCUCAAUGCCCCCUCCUCACAGGUUCUGAUACACAUUAUUGGUUAUAUAGGUGAUGAUCAAGGGCUCCAAUUUUGAAUAUGGACCUUGUGAAAAAGAAGCAAAUGGAAGAGUUGGAAGAGUGUUAUUCUUUGGGCUUAUCUCUUUUGAGUGCCUUCUAGUUCUAGGAACUUACUGGCAUUAGAUAAGCUGCCUGUGGAUGGAAUAUAGCUGUUGGCAACAGACAGGAACUUCCUUGCUUUCCUUCAAGAGGGGACCAUUGAGAUCUUUGGUUGGUCCAAAAUCUGCACACCAUUGAACACAAGCAAAGCUUAGAAUGCAUGUCUCUUUGUCUACUAGAGGAAACUGGAUGGGUGAAUACAAAUGUUGGAUGACAAUGUGAAGGCAUGAAUGAUGAAUCUCCUGUUAGUAUGAUCAAAUCUCACUAAAUGUGCAUGAAUAAUCGUUUCCUCUUUCAAUAAGGCUUAUGUAUUUUAUCUUAUUCUCAUUGAGCAAUGCAUUACAUCUUCCUCUUUUUUUUUGAUGAUUUUUUUUUUUUGUUAUUUGGUGAAUAUUACAUUUAUUUUAACUAGCUUGAGGGGAAGCAAAUUUGCUGUCCAUGGGCAGGCGAAUGGAUGGAUGGAUGCUUGGGGGGGGGGGCGAGCAGAGUACCUCAUGGAGCUGGUUUCUUAUGAGAAUUCCUCAAUAUUGUAAGGAGAUAGGUAUGGGCUAUUAAUUUUAUCUUUCUACAGUA